AUGAUUUGCCUGGUCCUUCCCUUCCACUGUGGUUUCCUCUUUCCUGCCAUUGAAACAUUAAUCAUGGCUUAUUAUACGUCCUUACUUCUGGCCAGUUCACAGGGACACUUCCCAAGACUUGAAAAUGUGGGUGCUUUCAAACACGUUUCCAUUGUGCCAAGCCAAGCAACCUGUGGACUGCCAGAGCGGAGUGCUUUUUGUCAAAGUACUGUUGAAAGUUUUCACUCCUGUACACAACAAUUCUGCACUCAGGAGUGUCCGUACAGAUCAUCGCCUGCCUCUUAUACUGCCAUGCUCUCAGAAAGACUGGGAUUCUGCAUCACACGAGACAAGCAUGAUUUGCAUCCUGGAGCCUUCAGCAACUCAUCAAGCUUUAUUUUUCAUAACCUACACGAUUGCUUUUCCACUCCCCAUGCUCAGAAGCUUGCAACUUCAUUUACUUUAACAGUGUGGCUGAAACCUGAGAAAGAAGGUGUAAUGUGUAUAGUGCAGAAAGCUGUUGAUGGGCAGACUGUGUUCAAGCUUACAAUCUCUGAGAAAGAGACCAUGUUUUAUUAUCGCACUGUAAAUGGGCUGCAGCCACCGAUAAAAGUAAUGACACUGGGGAGAAUUCUUGUGAAGGAAUGGAAUCAUCUUAGCAUGCAGGUUCAUCACACCAGACUCAGUUUCUUUAUAAAUGGUUUGGAAGAUGAUAACACAGCUUUUGAUUCCAGAAGUUUCACUGGGUUAAUUGCAGAUCCAUUUGUUGAUGGUGAAUGGCAAAUUGGGCAAAAUUUAAAUGGUUCAGAGCAAUUUGUUGGAAGGAUGCAAGAUUUCAGAUUGUACCAAGUGGCGCUUACAAACAGAGACAUUUUUGAAAUAUAUUCUGGAAAAUUUCCUCAGCUCCACACUCUGCCAGAAUGUCGCUGUCCUGGAAGUCACCCAAGGGCACACCCUUUGGUUCAGAGGUACUGCAUCCCUAACGGUGCUGAUGACACAACCAACGACAGAGUGCUCAGGCUAAACCCUGAAUCUCACCCUUUGAGCUACAUCAAUGAUAAUGAUAUUGGGACUUCAUGGAUUUCAUCUGUAUUUCAGACCAUUGAAAAACUCAAUCAUGGAGUAUCCAUCAGAAUAGAUUUAGAAAAUGGACAAUAUCAGGUGUUUUACAUUAUACUCCAGUUCUUCAGUCCACAACCUGAAGCAGUGCGAAUACAGAGGAAAAAGCAACAGGACUUGGAAUGGGAAGAUUGGCAGUACUUUGCAAAGGACUGCAGUGUAUUUGGAAUGAAAAAUGAUGGAAUAUUGGAAUAUCCGGACUCAGUCAACUGCCUCCAGCUUCCCAGCAUUACUCCAUAUUCCCGUGGAAACAUUACUUUCAGUAUUCUCACUCCAGAACCAAAUCAUCGGCCAGGAUACAAUGAUUUCUAUAAUACUCCCACCCUACAAGAAUUCGUCCAAGCCUCAGAAGUAAAGAUCCAUCUAUUUGGCCAGUAUCAUACAACUGCAUCUUGGGUUAACCCUGGACACAGAUAUUAUGGAGUUAAUGAAAUUACUAUCAGUGGGAGGUGUAAUUGUUUUGGCCAUGCAGAUCAUUGUGACACAAGUGUUAAUCCAUACAGAUGUCUUUGCUCCAAGGAAAGCUACACCAAAGGCAGAAAUUGUGAUCAAUGUUGGCCACUGUACAAUGACAAGCCUUUUCAUUCAGGAGAUCAAGUUCAUGCUUAUAAUUGCAAGCCUUGUGAAUGUUAUGGCCAUGCAAUAAGCUGUCACUACAACAGGACAAUGGAUUCUUUUCCUAAUGAACACUACAGAGGUGGUGGUGGAGUCUGUGAUAACUGUCAACAUAACACCACAGGAAGAAACUGUGAGUUGUGUAAGGAUUUCUUCUAUCAGCAUAUAGACGUAAAUCUCUCGGCUGUGGAUGUUUGCAAACCUUGCGAAUGCUAUACAGCAGGCACCAAAAACAGUAGCCACCCCUGUAAUAUGAGGGGAGGCCAGUGUGAUUGUAAAAGACAUGUGUCUGGCAGACAGUGCAAUCACUGCCAGGAAGGAUUCUACAACCUCCAACAGUCAAACCCUGAUGGCUGCAGCCCCUGUAACUGUAAUGCCUCUGGGACACUCAAUGGAGAUAUUACCUGUCACCAAAAUUCAGGCCAGUGCAAGUGCAAAGAAAAUGUUAUUGGUCUCAGAUGCGAUCACUGUAACUUUGGAUAUAAAUACCUACACAAUUUUAAGGAAGAUGGUUGUGAGCCUUGUCAGUGUGACAUCUAUGGUUCCAUGAAUGAUCUCUGUAACCCUUCCACUGGUCAGUGCAAGUGUAAGGAAAAUGUAAAAGGACUUCAUUGUGAUAUCUGCAUUGAUGGCUUUUAUGGGAAGGAUGCUUCUGGCUGUAAGCCUUGUGAUUGUCAAAUGGAAGGUUCUGUUUCUGGUACCAUGUGUGAUCCUAAAACAGGGAAGUGUUUCUGCAAGCCAAACUUUGGGGAAAGGCAAUGCGACACCUGCAUAGAAGGAUAUUACAAAGUGCAGCAAAAUGAUUCUUCAGCCUGUUUACCAUGUAACUGUGAUAGGUCAGGAACGGUAAAUGGCUCUUUGUUGUGUGACAAGUCAACAGGACAAUGUCCUUGCAAAACAGGUGUCACUGGCCUUCAGUGCCACCAGUGCAUGCCUCAAAUGUACAACCUCACUGCUCAAAACCUUCUUGGUUGUGAGAUUUGUGACUGCGAUCCUUUGGGGACAGUGCUAGGAACUGCCUGUGAUCCAAUCAGCGGUCAAUGUGUUUGCUUAUCUCAACGCUACGGAAGGAGAUGUGACAUGUGUAAACCAGGGUUUUAUGUUUCUGUGCAUGCUGUCAAUGGCUGCUUUCCCUGCUUAUGCAAUGCAAGGGGGUCCGUGGAUGAGAUCUGCAACAGUCUCACUGGCCAGUGUGUUUGCACGGAUUUUUCUGUGGCUGGGAUGAGGUGUGAUCGUUGCAAGGAAUACUAUUAUGGGUUUGAUUCAGAAACUGGGAGAUGUCAGCGUUGUAAUUGUCAUCCUGCAGGAGCAAUUAAUGGGACUUGCCAUCCCAUUACUGGACAAUGUGUGUGUAAACAAUUUGUAACUGGCUUGAAAUGCGACAACUGUGUUCCCAGCGCUAGUAAUUUGGAUGUAUACAACCUAUUUGGCUGCAGUAAAACUCCUUCCCAGCAGCCCCCACCAGAAGGACAAGCUCUAAAUUCUUCUGCUAUCAGACUAGCUUGGAAUCCACCUGAUUCCCCAAAUUCAAACCAGCUUACUUACAAACUCUACAGAAAUGGGAGUCAAAUCUAUACGACAGAGGACAACUACCCUUAUAGCAUGCAUGUCUUCACUGACAGCUCCUUGCUCCCCUAUGUCUCCUAUUCAUACCACCUUGAGGCCAGCAAUAUCCAUGGAUCUACAAGAAGUACUGCCUUGAUGUACAGGACAUUGCCAGGGGUACCAACAGGGAGUCUGCAUUUAAGUCCAAUUCUUCCUGUUGGGCCACACUCUGUUUCACUCAGCUGGACAGCCUUAGCAAAUGACUCUGGUCCCAUAGAGAAAUACAUCUUGACAUGCACUUCUUCACUUAACCUUCAGCCUUGUGGCCAAUAUGAAGGCUUAGAAACUUCUGUAACUGUUCAGAAUUUGUUUCCAUUUGCAAAAUACAUUUUUUGCGUUCAAGCAUGCACUGGCGGUGGCUGUUUGUUGAGCCAGCAGGUGACAGUCAUGACUGCACAGGCCUCUCCCGAGGAGCAGCAGCCUCCAGUCGUCCAUAGCAUCAGUGCUACAGAGUUUGCUGUUGAAUGGGCUCCUCCCAAGAAAGCCAACGGCAUAAUUAUUAGAUAUGAACUCUAUAUGAGAGGAGCUCUGCAAAUGAAUGGAAGCCAUAUUCCCCCAGAGAGCCGAAUCUUCCAAACCAGUGGAUGGUUCAGUCCUUAUCCAGUGACCGAAUCUGCCAACGAGAAUGCUUUGACACCGCCUCUAACAAGCACCAUCAUCACUGGCUUGGAGUCAUUCACUGAGUAUGAAUUCCGUAUUUUAUCAGUCAAUAUGGCUGGGAGCACAUUUUCAAGUUGGACAUCACAGAGAACAGCAGAGGCAGCUCCUGUAUUCAUGCCACCUCCAUCAGUAUUCCCUCUUUCACCAUAUUCUCUCAAUGUAUCUUGGGAAAAGCCACAAGAUAAUGAAGCAAGAGGAGAAGUGAUGGGGUACAGCGUCAAUGUAAUUACCGAACAAAAAGUAUCGCCAGUGUUUUCUCAGGUUUUGUAUAUCGCUGACACUCAUGAACAGUUCUACAUAGUGACGGGACUGGAACCAUACAAAAUUUACAAUUUUGAGAUUACUCUUUGCAAUCGGCAGGGUUGUAUCAACAGUGAGCCAGGAAUGGGACAAACCUUAGCUGCUGCACCAGGAGGACUAAUUGCCCCUUCUGCUGAAGGAGUAAACAGCACAGUAAUAAAGAUAAGUUGGGAUGAACCUAAAGAACUUAAUGGGCCUCCUCCAAUCUAUCAGCUGGAGAGAAUGGAUGCAUCUUUAGCAACAUCAAAUGUAACUGUAAUAAAAGGAAUUCGUUUCCCAGGAAAUGGAUAUUAUAAAUUUCCAAGUUCUAUUCUGCCAGCAAAUGCAUAUUUUACAGGUAUUAAAGUGAGUUUUAGAACUACAGAACUUGAUGGCCUAAUACUUUUCUCCAUCUCACCUGGGAAUCAAGAGGAAUAUAUUGUACUACAGAUGCGAAAUGGACGGCUGUACUUUCUCUUUGAUCCACAGGGAUCUGCUGUUUCACUAACUCCAGAUAAUGAUGGUGGGAGACAAUAUAAUGAUAACAGUUGGCACCAUAUAAUUGCUGUAAGAAAUCAAGCUUUGGGAACAAUCAUUGUAGAUGGGCAGUUCACAGCUUCCUCAUCAGCAACUAGUGGUAGUACUAUUAUUGGAGAAAACACGGGAGUUUUUGUUGGAGGACUUCCACAGGGUUUUAAAAACCUAAGAAAAGACACAGGCACCACUGAAGUCAUCACAAAAGGAUUUGUGGGGUGUCUCCGUGACAUCUUUGUGAAAAAGAUGCAUCAUCCCCAUGAAGUUUGGGAGCCUUUAGAAUGGAAAGAAGCAGUAGAGCAGCACAAUGUUUUUCCCAGCUGGGAAGGGUGUCCCAGCAUUCUUGCAGAAGGAGCACAUUUUCUUGGGAAAGGUUUCCUAGAACUACAUUCAGAUAUUUUUCAUGAUGGCUUGGACAUCGAGAUCUCCUUUACAUUUAAAACAGAUCAACUGAAUGGAUUACUUCUGUUCGCUUACAACAAAGACGGGCCUGAUUACAUUGCUGCAGAACUGAAGAGUGGAAUCCUGACUUUUCUGCUAAAUAAUGGCAUUGCUUCUACACAUGUGAAUCUUUGGUUAGGAUUAUCCUAUUGUGAUGGGAAGUGGAAUAAAGUUAUUCUGAAAAAAAGAGGAUUGGCAAUUUCAGCUAGCAUGAAUGAAUUGACCGAACAUUUGGUGGAACCUGGUUUGGAGCAGCUGUUUUUAAACUCUCCAGUCUACAUUGGAGGAAUCCCAGAUGGGGUGCAGCAUGCCUUUAAACAGCUGGGAUUAGAACAUGGUUUUGGUGGCUGCAUGAAGGAUGUUAAAUUUACACGAGGUGCUGUCGUUAACUUGGCAUCUGUGUCCAGCAGUGCUGUCAGAGUCAAUCUGGAUGGAUGCCUAUCAACUGACAGUGCUGUUAACUGCAGGGGAAAUGACUCCAUCCUCGUGUACCGAGGAAAAGAGAAGAGUGUUUAUGAGAGUGGCCUACAGCCAUUUACAGAAUAUCUAUACCGGGUAAUUGCUUCUAACGAAGGAGGAUCUGUAUCUAGUGCCUGGAACCGAGGCCGCACAAGAGAAUCAGCUUCACAAAACGUGCCAACACCCUCAAGAGUUCACAGCAUAAAUGGUUACAGUGUUGUGGUGACAUGGGAUGAACCAGUUGGAGUCAAGGGUGUAAUUGAGAAGUAUAUUCUGAAAGCAUCCAGUAAAGAUGGUCCUAGCAUGUCUACUGUCAGUACAGAGAUUUCUAAUACGAGUGCAAUCGCAGGCACGCUGACAGGCUUGCGGCCCUUUGCAAAGUAUGCUGUAACCCUAACAACUUGCACUUUGGCUGGCUGUACUGAGAGCUCACAUGCCUUGAACAUCUCCACUCCACAAGAAGCUCCAGAAAAUGUUGAGCCACCCACAGCUGUUUCAUUCCCCACAUCGUUAUUGUUGAAUUGGGUCCCACCAAGAACUCCAAAUGGGAUUAUAACACAAUAUUUUUUAUAUAUGAAUGCUCAACUAAUUUAUACCGGAAAUGAAACCAAUCAUAUUGUCAAGGAUUUAAGAGUUUUUACACCCUACCAGUUUGUCAUCAGUGCCUGCACAGUUGCUGGCUGUGCAAACAGUUCCAAGGUUACCCUGAUUACAGCACAGCUGCCUCCCGCUCACGUGGAUGCGCCAGUCCUUACAGCCUUGGAUUCUAGAACAAUACAUGCACAGUGGAAAGCACCAGAGGAAAUAAAUGGAAAUCUGCACCGCUACAUUCUCUAUAUUGCCAACAAUGAAACAAACAUUACAAAGUGGAAUGCAAUCUUUAAUUCUACAGAUCUUUUUCAGGAUUUUACUAUCCAACACCUUUCUCCUGGUACUAAAUACUUCAUUAAACUGGCGGCCUGCACCGGAGGUGGAUGUACAAUAAGCGAAACUAAUUCAGCAGUAACUACUGAGAGUACUCCAGAAGGUAUUCCUGCUCCUGAAAUCCAGUCGUAUUCCUCUGACUCCUUUAACAUCUCCUGGACUAAGCCAGAGUACCCGAAUGGAUUUAUUACUAGUUAUGGACUCUAUAUGAAUGGCAUUCUGGUACAGAACUCAUCACAGCUGAGUUAUCAUACUUCUGGACUUUCUCCUUGGAGUCUGCAUUCUUUCAGAGUUCAGGCAUGUACUGCAAAGGGAUGUGCUUUAGGCCCACUGGUAGAAGCUCGUACAUUGGAAGAUGCACCUAAAGGGAAAAUGGAAGUAUUUAUCAUCAAUGAUGGAUCCAGAGGAGUUCAAGUGAAAUGGCUUCCUCUGCAUAAGCCAAAUGGGCAGAUACGCUAUGCUGUUCUUUUUACUGGCAUCUUCUAUACUGAUGAAGUGAAUGGUGAUUAUGUUAUUUUAAAUGGGACACGAAUUUUACAUACCAAUAAAGAAGCAAAUGUGUGGGUGUCGAUUGGAGGACUGGUCCCAUUUUCAAACUACACAGUAGAAGUUAAUGCUUCCAAUAGCCAAGGCUAUGUGAUCAGUGAUCCUGUAACCAUUGCCAUACCUCCUGGGGCACCAGAUGGCAUGUUGCCUCCAAGGCUUUCAUCUGCCACGCCGACCAGUCUUCAGGUUGUCUGGUCUAUACCAGUUCGCAACAAUGCUCCAGGCUUACCCAGCUACCGACUCCAAAUGAGGCCUAAGCACUCCCCAGAAGAUAUCCUAGAGUUGUUUUCAAAACCUUCAGCUUCUUUAAACUACAUAGUCAAGGAUCUACAGCCAUAUACAUCCUAUGAAAUGAGAGUUAUUGCCUGCAAUGGAUACGGUGAUGCAUACAGCAACUGGAGUGUAAUGGUUACAGCAGAGGACAAGCCAGGUCCUAUGGACCCACCACUCCUGUUGGAUGUUAAAUCCAGAGCUGUAUCAAUCUCUUGGCAGCAUCCAUCUAAGCCAAAUGGCAUUAUCUCCCACUAUAACAUUUACCUAAAUGGCCAACUGCACACAACUGUUCCAGGAAUCACAUCUAAAUGCACUGUACAUUUCUUGCAACCCUUCACAGUCUAUCAGUUUCAAGUAGAAAGUUGCACUUCCCAAGGAUGCUCACUUUCCCCUGUGACUUUACCUGUACAAACCCUUCCAGAUGCACCUGAAGAUAUCCCCGUUCCAGAACUAUAUUCAGACACACCAACAUCUGUGCUAAUAUCAUGGCAACCUCCUCUUCAUCCAAAUGGACUGGUUGAAAACAUUACCAUAGAAAGGAGAACGAAGAGGACUGAACAAGUAUCCACUGUUGCCACCCUGCCUUUCAAUUAUUCCAAGAACUACCUCGACCAAAGUGCUGCUCUUAAUCCCUGGAAGAAAUAUGAAUACAGAAUAUUGGCAAGUACUUUUAAAGGAGGUACUAACAGUAGUGCUUGGGCAGAAGUUACCACCAGGCCCUCCAGACCUGCAGGCAUCCUGCCUCCCAUGGUGGACGUGUUCGGCCCAGACACUGUACAGGUUUCCUGGAAUUCUCCAUUUAUCCCAAAUGGAGAAAUACUGAGUUAUGAGAUCCGCAUGCCAGAUCCUCGAAUAACUCUUACCAGCAACUUGUCAUCAUCAAUGAGCCAGAUAGUGACCAACCUGGUCCCUUUCACAAACUACUCAGUCACCAUAAUAGUUUGCUCUGGAGGUGGUGACUACAUUGGAGGAUGCACAGAGAGUCUACCUACGUUCAUGAGUACCCAUCCAACACUUCCCCAGGGUCUUAGCCCUUUGUCUGUGAUCCCAAUCAGUGAGUCAUUUAUUGCUGUUUCCUGGCAACCACCAUCCAGGCCCAAUGGACCCCACAUAAGGUAUGAGCUCCUGAGACGUAAAAUCCAGCAGCCACUUGCAUCAAAUCCCCCUGAAGAUUUAAAUCUCUGGCACAAUAUUUACUCAGGAACUCAGUGGUUUUAUGAAGAUAAGGGUCUUAGCAGGUACACAACAUAUGAAUAUAAGCUUAUAGUGCACAAUGAUGUAGGGUAUACAUCAAGUAAAGAAGUGAUUGCUACAACAUUGGCAGGCUUUCCAAAGAAAGGAAGUAAAGUAACAGCACAACCCCUGAACCAUACUGCUAUAAAAGUGGAGUGGUCCACACCAACCCUGCAAGAUUUACAAGGCAGCACUGAAUAUUUCCUCCUCUUAUGGAAUGAUACUGGCCAUAACAACUCCAAGAAGAUCCCUGCCAGUGAGAACCAUGCCUUCAUUGGAGCAUUGCGGCCGAACACAGAAUACCAGAUUUUACUGCAGGUUUUCAAUGGGAUGCACAGCAUCACCAGUGAGGCAGUGCAUGUGACUACAGCAGAUGGAAAGCCGGAGGGCAUGUUCCCUCCAGAGGUUGUCAUCAUCAACAGUACAGCUGUACGUGUCAUCUGGACAUUGCCUUCAAACCCAAAUGGUGUUGUCACAGAGUAUUCUGUCUAUGUAAAUAAUAAGCAAUACGAGACUGGAAUGAAGGAGCCUGGGUCUUUCCUUUUAGGGGAUUUGUCUCCAUUCACCGUCUACGAUAUACAGGUUGAAGUCUGCACUGUAUAUGCUUGUGUACAAAGCAAUCGAACACAAAUUACAACUGUGGAGGAUGAACCAAAUGAGUUAGCUGCACCACAGGUUCAUGUUCUCAGUUCAAGGUCACUUCAGAUUAACUGGGCAUCACCAGGUCAACCCAAUGGGAUUAUCCUUGGAUAUAAUCUCUUGCGUACAGCUCAUCGCCGGUGCACUGAAGCACAGCAACCAUUCAGACACCCAAGCUGGGCAGCAUGUCUGUCUUUGGAAUGUGAUAUUCAUGAAAACAUCUGUGGAGAUGUGUGCUAUAACCCACAGUUUCAGGUGUGUUGCAAUGGGAUUCUACACAAUAAUACCCCCGGUUUCCAGUGCUGUGAGGACAAGUAUUUCCUGUUUAAUCCCAGUACAUCUGGUGUUUGUUGUGGUAGCCAGAUGCAUGCCGUGCAACCAGACCACCGGUGCUGCGGUGGCUAUUACACAAGGGUAUUAGCAGGAGAGGUGUGCUGCCCAAAUGAAGAACACAACUGGGUGCCUGUUGGGAUUGGGGACUCCUGCUGCCAGGGUGUUCCUUAUUCCACAUCAGGGAACCAAAUAUGCUGUGGUGGAGCACUCUAUGAUGGCUUCAAUCAGCAAUGCUGUGGUGGACAAAUAGUAAGCAAAGACUUGAUCUGUUGUGGUGAUCAAGAGAAAGGGAGCAUCUAUCGACCUACAUCAGGAAUGUUCUGUUGUGGACAUGAAUAUGUGAAUAUGUCAAGUACCAUAUGCUGCUCAGCUUCCAGUGGAGAGUCUAAAGCCCACAUUAAAAAGAAUGACCCAAUGCCAUUAAAAUGCUGCGAGACUGAACUUAUUCCAAAAAGUGAGGAAUGUUGUAAUGGACUUGGAUAUAAUCCUUUGAAAUAUGUUUGCUCUGACAGGAUUUCAGUUGGAAUGAUGAUGAAGGUAAAAGAAGAAUGCCAAGCUAGUACUCUGUGCCCUCUAUCCAUGGAAGCAACUGCCUACUGUGGACGAUGUGACUUUGACAAACAUGCUCAUAUAUGUGCUUGGAUAAGGACUUCCCAGGGUCAUACAGAGAAGAAGGAAAACAACAACGUAUGUACAACUUUGGAAGAGACAAUCUAUACAGGAGGCCCAAAUCAAUAUUCCUUCACAGAUCUGAACCUAGAACCUUAUGUUACAUAUGAAUACAGGGUAGCUGCAUGGAACAAACGUGGAAAAGCUGAAAGUGAAACUGGCAGAGCCACUACUAAGCAGGAUGUCCCUGAAGGCUUAAAUCCACCCCAGUGGACCAAAGUGGACAAUCGAGAAGACAUCAUAUUUCUAAGCUGGAAGGAACCUCAACAACCAAAUGGUAUCAUAAUUCAUUACAUUGUUCUCCGAAAUGGAAUUGAGCGUUUCAGGGGAAAAGAACUGAGCUUCACAGACACCAGCGGUAUUCAACCAUAUCAGGAAUAUUCAUAUCAGUUGCGAGCUUGCACAGUUGCUGGUUGUGCAGACAGCAGCAAGGUAGUAGCAGUCACUGUCCAAGGAGUCCCAGAGAGUGUGCAGCCACCAACAGUUACAGCGUUGAGCACAAAGGCAUUGCAUCUGAGUUGGAUGGCACCAAGGAAACCAAAUGGUAUCAUCAGAGAAUACCAGAUCAGUCAAACUGGGAAAGGUCUUAUACAUUCUGACAUAGCAGGCAGAAUGCAGCAUACAGUAUCAGGUCUGCAGCCAUACAGAAACUACAGCUUUAGCCUUGCAGCAUGUACAUUUGCUGGAUGCACUUCUAGUCAAACAAGUUCAGGUAGAACAUUGCAAGCUGCUCCUUUAGGGGUGUGGUCACAGCCUCGUCAUAUCAUAGUGAGCUCAACUGUCGUGGAAUUGUACUGGGAUGAACCAGAGGAACCCAAUGGAAUUAUUUCUCAGUAUCGAUUGCUAUGUAAUGGAGAAGAGAUUUUCAAGGGUGGUAAAGAAAACCAGAACUUCACUCAUUCUGACCUUCAACCAAACAGCAGGUACAUUUACCAGCUAGAAGCCAGCACAUGGGGUGGCAGCAAUAUUAGUGACAAAUAUAUUAUCCAGACACCAGUAGCAACACCAGAGGAAAUUCAUAUCCCAUAUAAUGUCACAGUAAUUGAUUCAUUCUCCAUAUUUGUAGCUUGGAACACUCCUGGAUCAUUUAAAACCAACAUGCCUUUGAAGUACAACAUAUUACUAAAUUCUGGCAGUACCUCUCCCCUUAUAAAAUCAGUUGGCCAGCCUAACUUUGCUCUUUUGGACCAUCUGGAGCCAUACAGCCAGUAUGAGAUAAGGAUACAAGCCUGCCAGGAUGUUGGCUGUGGAGUUGGUGAACGAACAUAUGCAAGGACUGCUGAAGCACCCCCUAUGCAUUUAAGCUCCCCUGUCAUUACAGCCACUGGAUCAGCAUCUAUACAGGUGAAAUGGUCACCACCUAGGAAGCCCAAUGGAAUAAUCAGGAACUACUUUGUUUACAGGCACCUUGUGGGCACUCAAGAAGAACUUCUUGUGUUCAUCUGGUCUGAAGGUGCUUUAGAAUUUUUUGAUGCUACAGAUGUUCUUCAGCCCUUCACCGAGUACGAAUACCGCAUCAGAGCUCAGAAUUCCAAGGGUUCUGUGGAUAGUCCGUGGUCUUCAACACAAACCCAAGAAGCUCCACCUCAGGGCAUGAAAGCUCCUUGGGCCCAAGCAGUAAGCGCUUACUCUGUACUCCUGAACUGGACUAGCCCUGCUUCUCCGAAUGGUGCUAUUUCACAGUACCGUGUUGCCUAUCAAGAAAGACAGAGUGAUCCAACAUUUAGCACUCCGGCUGUUACGGCACUAACUGUAUCGGGACAGACGCAUCACACUCACUUGUUCGGCUUGAAGCCAUUCACAACCUACCAUAUUUACAUUGUUGCGGUCAACCGUGCUGGGCAAGUGUCAAGUCCAUGGACGUCCGUGCGCACCUUGGAAGCUCCCCCAAGUGGCCUGAGCAACUUCACUGUAGAAAGGAAAGAGGACGGCAGGUCUCUGUUACUUAAAUGGGCAGAGCCUUCCAAACCCAAUGGUAACAUUAAGACCUACAAUAUUUUCAACGAUGAUAACCUAGAAUACAGCGGUUUAUCUCGUCAGUUCCUCUUUCGACGCCUUGAGCCUUUUACUCUUUACACCCUGGUCCUUGAAGCUUGCACUGCAGCUGGCUGUUCUCGCUCUUCACCCCAGCCAAUCUGGACAGAUGAAGCCCCUCCUGUAUCUCAGAUGGCACCUGUAAUCCAGUCGGUGAAUGCAACUAGCAUUGGACUGAGCUGGUCCAAGCCAAUUAAUUCAAAUGGAAAAAUAAUACGCUAUGAAGUUAUUCACAGAUGCACCAAAGAAAAUGCUUCAGGGAACAAUGCAACAACAGAGGAAGAGAAAAUUGUUCUUUCAGAAUAUAACACUGAGAAUAAUACAUUCGAAUAUAAUGCACAUCAUUUGCAACCUUGGACUAGCCAUGAAUAUAAAAUACGUGCCUGGAAUUCAGCAGGCUACGCUGAUAGCUCUUGGACAGUCGCAAAGACCAGCCAAGCUGCCCCAAGGGGCUUGGCUCCACCUCUCUUGAGGCAUAUCCCAGCAAGCCCCAGCCAAGUGCUGAUUUUGUGGUCCUCCCCAGAAGAACCCAAUGGUGUUCUUCAGUCAUAUAGGCUCCAGAGAAAUUAUGUUGCCUAUCCUUUUAGUUUUGAUGCGACUACUUUUAACUAUACUGAUGAAGAGUUGCUGCCAUAUUCAGAAUACCACUAUGCAGUAACUGCUUGUACCAUGGGAGGUUGCUCCACCAGCAACCACACCAGUAUACGGACCCUAGAAGCAGCUCCAGCCAUGGUUGAUCCUCCUAUGCUAAAUCUGAGCUCCACCCAAAUGAAUGUAUCUUGGUCAACACCCCAAAUUCAAAAUGGAGAAAUCACAAAGUACAUUUUAAAAUUAAAUGGAGAAGAGGUCUAUAUUGGGAAAGGAUUCUUCAGGACUGUGUUGAACCUACAGCCCUACUCCGAGUAUGAUGUCACACUGCUUGCCUGCACAAGUGGAGGCUGCACUGCCAGUGCAUCCCAGUCCAUUAAGACCAUGGAAGCUCCUCCACUUAACCUAGAUGCUCCAAGGUUGCUAGUAACAGGUUCAGAAUCAAUAGAAAUCACAUGGAAAGCUCCUGCAAAUCCAAAUGGUAAAAUCCAGAUGUAUGAACUGAGGAGAAAUGGGUUACUGGUUUACUCGGGUAUGGAUACUCAUUAUCAUGACUUUAUGCUAACUCCAGGAAUAGAAUAUAGCUAUGCUGUAACUGCAAACAACAGCCAAGGAAGUAUUACCAGCCCACUGGCUAAAAUUAGAACCAAUCCCUCUGCCCCUUCUGGAAUGUCACCUCCUAGGCUGCAGGCAUGGUCUUCGGAAACAAUAUUGGUUAAUUGGGAUACUCCUGCAAAAGUCAGUGGUGAUAUUAUCAAUUAUACAAUCACCCUUCGGGACCCUAUUAUAUCAGAAAAGGAAACUGUUCAUUUGAAUUCUUCUCAUGUUUCAUUUGGAAGACAGUCCUACACUUUAGCAGGACUAAAACCCUAUCAUAGGUAUGAAGUCCAAGUGCAGGUUUGCACACUCCUGGGAUGUACUUCUAGCGAAUGGGCUUCUGUACAAACUCCCGAAGCACUCCCUGAAACACAGCCUGCCCCUCUCGUGGAUGUCCAGUCAAGCCGUGUGGGAUUCCGGUCAGCUGUGUCCAUCGUAUGGACAGGGCCAAAGCAACCCAAUGGAAAGAUCUUAUAUUACGAGCUUUACCGAAGACAGGCGACACCCAGCCAACUAAAUCAAGACCCGGUACUUGUUUAUAAUGGCUCAUCUACUUCAUUCAAAGAUGUCCUGCUCCUACCUUUUACAGAGUAUGAAUAUCAGGUUUGGUCAGUCAACUCUGCAGGCCGGACGGCUAGCAGCUGGACCCCUUGUAAGACAGGCCCAGCCCCUCCGCAAGGACUCCCUGCACCACGCUUUGGCACAGUGGCUUCUACUUCUGCUGUGGUGAGCAUCAGUCCCCCGCUUAAGCCAAAUGGAAUAGUCAGUCUCUACAGGCUCUUCUCAAAUAGUACCAAAGGAAAGGAUGUAGUGCUGUCAGAAGGAACUGCCACCCAGCAAACAAUCCAUGGUCUGAAGCCUUUUACCACCUAUUCCGUCGGGGUGGAGGCCUGCACUUGCUUCAACUGCUGCAGCAAAGGCCCCAUGGCACAAGUCACUACUCAGCCAGCUCCCCCUGCAGAACAGCCUCCUCCCCACGUCCACAGCAUGUCGUCACGGGUUGCUUCUUUUCAGUGGGAUGCGCCUCAGGAACCCAAUGGCAUUGUGGGGAGAUAUGAACUCCACAUGUACGCUUCCUGUCCUGCUCAUGUACAGCCAAUAGAAAGGACUUGUAAAGCUGGCCCAGUUGAAGUGAGAUAUGCAGGGAAUGGUCAGCAUUCCAAUGUCAGUGAUCUACAGCCUUAUACAACCUACAAGCUGAGAGUGGUGUCCUACAAUUCAGCAGGCAGCACUGCUUCAGAAUGGAUCAGCUUUACCACACAAAAGGAAGUACCUCAAUACAAAGCUCCAUUUACAGUUGUCAGCAAUUUAUCCACCAUCUACCUUGACUGGAGUCACACCUUCGUACUGAACGGGCCACUAAAGGCAUAUGUGCUAAUGGAGGGAGGACAACGCAUCUACAGUGGCUUUGACACCACGCUCUAUCUGCCAAGGACAUCUGAUAAAAACUAUUUAUUUCAGGUAUCCUGCGUCACUGAUGAAGGGAGUGCUGUGACACCUGUGAUCAAAUACAACACUGCUACAGGACUGGGUCCCACAUUAACAACGCCAGGAGAAAAUCAUGGAGUGAAGACAAAGCAGGCCGUGUUCUACACAGAGCUUUGGUUUGUGGUCCUAAUGGCUAUCCUUGGCUUGCUCCUUCUGGCAAUUUUUUUGUCCCUGAUUCUGCGAAAGAAAAUAAGCAAACAGCCAUAUGCACGGGAAAGGCCUCCUUUAGUCCCACUCCAAAAGAGGAUGUCACCAAUGAGUGUCUAUUCACAAGGAGAAACGCACAUGGGACUGGCAGAUACAAAAAUACCAGGACCAGCAUCUCCUAGGAGUUUGCAUAGCAGUCAAAGCACUUCUGGCCUUCAGGUACCAAGCCAAAGCCAGAUGCUGCACACCUUUUCUCAAGGUUCCCUACGUCGAAGUGUUAGCCAGCUCAUUGAUGUCUAUGACAAGAAAUCCUUGACAGACGAUAUGGUUUGGGAUACCAUUCUUCAUGGUCAUGACAGUGGUUUGUAUGUGGAUGAUGAAGACCUUGUGAGCACUAUCAAAGGCUUCAGCAUGGUUACCAAAGAACAUACAACGUUUACAGAUACACAUUUGUGAGUAGUAUGUCCAGCAUUUGACAAUUUAGACAAAAGAAUCCAGCCAUUCUAAAUACAUCGCUGUUUAGAGUCAUUUGAUGCAAUGUCUCUACUGAAAUGUUGAUUUCUUGGGUAGUGGGUGCUUGAAAUGCAUUAAAAGAAAAAUCU